CUAUAUAUAGGUCCAUUUGAAUUGAUCACUCUCAACUCUCAACACUUAUUUCACUCUCUUCUGAAGCAAAACAAAAAAUUGGAAGAGCAAUUGUCAAAAACAAGGAAAAAAAAAACUUAAAGGAAAAGACAAAAGGCAAAGAAAAAAAAAAAGAACAAAUUUUGGGAAAAACUUGCAUCAUCAUCAUCAUCAUCAAUGGCGAUCGGUGGAGCAAUUAGCAGUGGCGAAAAUGUACAUUACAAUGGGAAAGUUACAAUAACCGUCUUGCUUUCAUGUAUUAUUGCAGCCACCGGUGGACUGCUCUUUGGCUAUGAUACUGGAGUUACAGGUGGAGUGACCUCAAUGGAGCCAUUCCUGAAGAAAUUCUUCCCUGAGGUCUACACAAACAUGAACUCCAAUACAUUAGUCAGCAACUACUGCAAAUUCGACAGCCAGCUCUUGACCGCUUUCUCUUCCUCAAUCUACGUAUCUGGCCUCAUCGCCUCUUUCUUUGCUUCGCGCGUCACUAUGGAAUAUGGCCGCAAGCGCUCUAUCAUCUGCGGUGGAAUUGCGUUUUUCAGUGGGGCCGCCAUUGGCGGCGCCGCCGAAAACCUCUACACGCUGAUGAUCGGACGCCUCCUUCUCGGAGUUGGAGUCGGUUUUGCCAACCAAGCUGUCCCGCUCUACUUAUCUGAAAUGGCUCCCUCGAAAUACAGAGGAGCCUUCAACUUCAGUUUCCAAUGCUUCCUCAGCAUCGGGAGCACGGGCGCAUUCCUCCUCAACUACGUCACCUCCAAAAUCAGCGGCGAUCUCGGGUGGCGAAUUUCUCUGGCGACAGCUCUCGUCCCUGCAUCCGUCCUCAUCCUCGGCACCCUAUUCCUCCCCGAGACCCCCAACAGCCUUAUCCAGCGUGGGGAGGACGCCAGGAAGCUCCUCCAGAAAAUCCGUGGGACGGAUGACGUGGACGCUGAGCUGGACGACCUCCUCUCCGCCACGUACGCGGCCCAGCAGAUGAAGGCCCCGUUUGGGAAAAUCCUGAAGAGGCGUUACCGACCUUACCUCGUGAUGGCGGUGGCGAUCCCCUUCUUCCAGCAGAUGACUGGGAUUGCGGUUAUCUCUUUCUAUGCCCCAAUCCUGUUUCGGACGAUCGGGUCGGACGAGAGCGGGUCCCUCAAGUCGUCACUCAUCACGUCCUCCCUCGGGAUUUUCUCCACCGCGCUCUCGUCCCUUCUCGUGGAUCGUGUGGGUCGGCGGGUGAUAUUUGUUGUUGGUGGGGCCCUCAUGUUGGCCACCCAGCUGGCGAUCGGGGGAAUCAUGGCCGAGAAGCUCGGCGACUACGGAGUGCUGAGCCCGGGCUACAACGCGGCGAUCGUGGUCCUGAUAUGCGUCUACGUGACGGCGUUCGGGUUCUCGUGGGGCCCGCUCGGGUGGCUUGUGACCAGCGAGAUCUUCCCGUUGGAGAUACGUUCGGCGGGGCAGAGCAUAACUGUGGCGGUCAGCUUCUUGUUCAGUUUCGUGAUAGGGCAGGUGUUUUUGGCGAUUCUGUGUCAUCUUAAGUCGGGGACCUUCUUUUUCUUCGGGGGAUGGGUGGCGUUGAUGACGGGUUUCGUUUUCUUUCUGUUGCCGGAGACGAAGAAUGUGCCGAUCGAGAAGAUGGAUAGGAUAUGGAGGGAGCACUGGUUUUGGAGGAGGUAUAUGAGUUAUGAUGAAGAUGAUUUGGAGUGGAUGGGAGGCGACAUUGAGGAGCCCUUUUUGAAAUUCGUUCACACUCUUGUUACGAGGAAAGCAAUUCUUGUUACUAAGGAUGAUGUGGGUUUAAUUUUAUCUAAAGAAGUUCACUACAGUACUCUAAAUGGAGAUGCUAAAAUUCAGAGUGGUGAAGUUUUGUACAAUACUAUAGGCAGGCAUCACUUUGAUCGGCCUUACUGCACUCGGAGGUGCGGCCGAGAAUCUUUUCAUGCUUAUGUUUGGUUGUGUUUUGCUCAGAAUUCGAGUUGGCUUUACCAACCAUCUGUCCAUUUGCAAAUGGAGCUGGAAGAGUCAUUGUUGACAAUUCUCUUGGCAUAG